AUGGCGCCCACCAAGUACCUGGAUCGACCGAUUCCGGUCAUCUCUCUGGCAAACUUCGAGUCCCGCGUCGACGAGAUCACACGGCAACUGUGCUCCGCCGCCGAAGACGUCGGCUUCUUCUGCAUCACCGACCACGGCAUCCCGCUGGCCUCGAUCGACGAGAUGUUCGACUGGUCGUCGCGAUUCUUCGCGCUCCCAGACUCGGUCAAAGCCACGGUCCCCUUCACCAACAACGCCGGCUGGGAGAAAAACGCGCAGAUCCGACCCUCGACCGGGGCCGCCGACCGCAAGGAGUCGUACCAGAUGCAAUUCGGCGCGCACAUGGACGGACUCUGGCUGCCGGACGAGACGCUCCCGGACUUCAAACCGUCGGCGCUCGGCUUCAUGCACCGGGUCCAAGGGGUGUCGGAGAAACUCAUGGUCUGUUUCGCGCGCGGGCUGGGGUUCGACGACGGCUACUUCACCCGCGCGCACGACGUCGGCCGGCCGGAGUCGCAGACCGUGUGCCGGCUGAUCCACUACUUCGAGGUGCCCUCCGACAACGGGCGGAACGGGGGGGAGGUGUGGCACCGGUCCGGCGCGCACGCGGACUGGGCGUUCCUCACGCUCCUGUUCCAGAAGCAAGGGCAGUCGGGCCUCGAGAUCUGCCCGGGCCGCGAGGUCAGCACGUCCUUCGGCUACGGCGACACGUGGACCAAGGUCGAGCCCUCGUCCACGGGCGCCAUCAUCUGCAACAUCGGGGACCUGCUGAUGAGCUGGUCCGACGACCGGUUCAAGUCGACCUUCCACCGCGUCAAGGCCCCCACCGAGCCCGAGGACUACUACGGCGAGAGAUACAGCAUCGCCUUCUUCAACCAGCCUUGCCACGACGCCCUGAUACAGGGCCCCAAGAAGCACUAUCCGCCCGUGACGGGCGCGGAGUUCACCAGGAACGCGAUGUCGUUGUAUUAUUCUCAUAUGGCGAAGAGCAGCGCGAAGCGGGCCAAGCUCGAGGAGUCUGCGCCCGUCGUGUUGGCAACCUAG